GUGAGCUUCGAAAGAGGCCCCUGAACACAGAAAGGGGAUGGCAUCUAAAGACUUCCCUCCACCCACCUCCUAUGCACCUCCUGAAGUGCCCACAGGAUUAGCCUUUUUUCUAACAAUCCCGUAUGCUUUCUUCCUUCCAGAACUGGUAUUUGGGUGCUGGGUCUGGAUUCUGGUAGCUGCCACCGAAGUGUAUUUUGAAUUGUUGCAAGGAUGGGUUAUGUAUGUGUCUAUCACUUCAUUCCUCAUAUCCCUGAUGUUCCUGUUGUCUUACUUACUUGGAUUUUAUAAAAAAUAUGAAUCCUGGAGAGUUGUGGAUAGCCUUUAUCAUGGAAUUACAGGAAUUUUGUACAUGAGCGCAGCUGUUUUACAAGCAAAUGCAACAAUUCGGACGGAGAAAGAAGGGGUUGGGAAAACUUACUACGAAUUGAAUACUGCUGCCACGUUCUUUGCUUUUAUUACCACUCUGAUGUACAUCCUCCACGCCUUCAGCAUCUACUACCACUGAAGGAGAGCAUGAAGACAGCGGGACAGAGAAGAUGCUUCAUGUCCCAUCAGGACAAACAUCCAGAAGCUGGACUGAGAAACAGUUGGCCCAUGUUUUCAGACUGUAUAAAACAGAAGUACUUUUGGUAACUUGGUUUUAAAAUUUUAAUUUGUCUAGGGUUUUUUGUAUAUCAGAUGCAAUUGUAUUGUAUAUUAAAAACAUAUUAUUUUAGUUUGCCUGGAAAAUAACUGACUCUAGGAAUUAUUCACCAAUGAAUGAAGCAAGUGAGGUACAUUUGUAUUCCUUCACGUAAACAGAUAUCACUCCCUGAUCAACGGACCAGCAACAGGAUUAUUUAUACUUAAAUAGUGUUAAUGAUCGAUUCAUUAUUGAUUAUCAAUUGUCAAUCAAUAUGGGGCAGCUAGGUGG